UUGAAAAAACAGUUUAGAUGUUUGCAGGCCAAGUAGCAGGUUGUAUCGUUUAACAAAUCGUCAAAUUAACGUCGAAAAAAAAAAACGAGAUAUAAACAAUAAUUACGCUACGGUCGCUGGAAAAGUAAAAAAGUGGUGUUUAUUUAUUUUAAUUAUAAACGUUUAAUUAAUAAACACCAGCAACAUGGGUGACAUGUUCCGAAGUGAAGAAAUGGCCCUGUGCCAAAUGUUUAUACAACCUGAAGCUGCCUAUGCAUCUGUAGCCGAAUUGGGUGAAAGAGGAUGUGUACAGUUUCGCGAUCUAAAUGGCGAAGUAAACGCUUUUCAACGAAAAUUCGUCUCGGAGGUACGUCGUUGCGAUGAAUUGGAACGUAGAAUACGUUAUAUUGAAAACGAAUUGCGCAAGGAUGAGAUUGCUUUGCCAGCUCUGAAUGAGGACGAUGAGCCUGCAGCACCGAACCCGCGUGAAAUUAUUGAUUUGGAAGCUAAAUUGGAAUCAAUCGAAACUGAGUUGAGAGAACUUAGCCAUAAUGCUGUUAACUUGGAUACAAAUUUCUUGGAUAUGACAGAAUUGAAACAGGUUUUGGAGAAUACAGUUGGUUUCUUUUCGGAUCAAGAAAUCUUGAAUUUAGAUACCAAUCGUUAUAUUGAUCCUUUGGAGCCAACAAAUCAAACCAGAGGUCAAUUGGGCUUCGUAGCUGGUGUUAUUAAGCUAGAAAAGUUCUUCGCUUUUGAACGUAUGUUAUGGCGCAUUGGUCGCGGUAAUAUUUUCAUUAAACGCAGUGAUUUAAGUGGCAUGGUAAAGGAUCCCGAAACUGGACAUCCUGUUCUAAAGACAGUAUUCGUAGCUUUCUUCCAAGGUGAACAGUUAAAACAAAGAAUUAAGAAAAUAUGUCAAGCUUUCCAUGCUUCGGUCUAUCCUUGCCCCAGUGCUCACAAUGAGCGCGAAGAAAUGAUCAAAGAUGUAUGCACACGAUUGGAAGAUUUGAAGACGGUCUUGAAUAGUACGGCUGAUCAUCGUAAUCGUGUAUUGGUGGCUGCAGCUCGCAAUGUACCCACUUGGAGUAUUAUGAUUAAGAAAAUGAAGGCUAUUUAUCAUACUCUGAAUAUGUUCAAUAUGGAUGUUAGUAACAAGUGUUUAAUUGGUGAAGGUUGGGUACCCACCAAAGAUUUGCCUGUGGUACAGAAUGCUUUGGCAUUGGGCUCAAAAUCUGUUGAAAGUACUAUUCCAUCUUUCUUGAAUGUAAUUGAGUCUAAUGAACAGCCUCCAACAUUUACUAGAACUAACAAAUUUACCAAUGGCUUUCAAAAUUUGAUUGAUUCCUAUGGUGUGGCUUCGUAUAGGGAAGUCAAUCCAGCUUUGUAUACUUGCAUCACUUUUCCCUUCUUAUUUGCUGUGAUGUUUGGCGAUUUGGGUCAUGGCUUUAUUUUGUUCUUGUUUGCUUUAUAUAUGGUGCUAAAAGAGAAUACUCUACGUAAAAUCAAAGGUGAAAUCUUUAAUAUAUUCUUUGGCGGCCGUUAUAUUAUACUAUUGAUGGGUCUGUUCUCCAUGUACACUGGAUUCAUUUACAAUGAUGUAUUCUCCAAAUCAAUGAACAUUUUCGGUUCCAGUUGGCGUGUGCGUUAUAACACUACCACCGUACUGACAAAUAAUUUCUUACAAAUGAAUCCCGAAUACCAUGUUAGUGGUGUCUAUCCUCUUGGUUUGGAUCCCAUUUGGCAAUUAGCAGAUAAUAAGAUUAUUUUCCUAAAUACCUAUAAAAUGAAACUGUCCAUUAUCUUUGGUGUUAUUCACAUGAUUUUUGGAGUUAUCAUGUCCCUAAUCAAUUAUUCCUACUUCAAAAAGACUGUUAAUAUUUUCAUGGACUUUAUACCACAGAUUGUUUUCCUAACAUUACUUUUCGGUUAUAUGGUAUUCAUGAUGUUCUUUAAAUUUGUCAGAUAUUCAGCAGUCACUGAUGAACAAGCUUUAACUCCAGGAUGUGCUCCAUCUAUAUUGAUUCUUUUCAUUAACAUGAUGUUGUUUAAAAGUCAGGCUCCCUUAGAUGGUUGCAAGGAAUUUAUGUUUGAAGGUCAGGAUAUAGUGCAAAUGGUAUUUGUUAUUAUUGCUGUUAUUUGCAUACCUUGGAUGCUGUUGGGUAAACCUUUCUACUAUAUGUGUAAACGUAAGGCUGCUGCAGCCUCUGCUGUUCAUGCAAAUGGUGACAUAGAAAUGAACGGUGAUGUACAAGCUAAGCCCUCAACAUCUACUGAAGCUGCUGGCGGUCAUGGAGGACAUGAUCAUGAAAAUGAACCUAUGAGUGAAAUAUUUAUACAACAAGCCAUUCAUACCAUUGAGUACGUGUUGAGUACAAUUUCUCAUACAGCCUCAUAUUUGCGUUUGUGGGCUUUGUCAUUGGCUCAUGCCCAAUUAUCUGAAGUUUUAUGGAAUAUGGUCAUGCAUAUGGGCUUAAUAGUAAACCAUUAUGUUGGAGCUGUAAUGCUUUUCCUUAUUUUCGCUUUUUGGGCUGUAUUAACAAUUGGUAUUUUGGUAUUAAUUGAAGGUCUUUCUGCAUUCUUGCAUACUUUACGUUUGCACUGGGUCGAAUUCAUGAGCAAAUUUUAUGAAGGUUUGGGAUAUGCCUUCCAGCCAUUUAGUUUCAAAGCUAUUUUAAAUGGUAGCGAAGAAGCUUAAAAUUAUAUGUAUAUUUUAUGUAAACAUCUAAAUAAACGAAAUUUAACGAUA